UGAGCGCCUAUGUGUGUUAGUGUGUCUCCCACAGUGAUGAAUACAGCGCUCAUUAGAAUUGCUCUCACGUCUCAGCACUGCCUGCAGCAUUUCAUCCAAAGCACAGUGUAGGGGCCAGGCAGGUUUCAGUAUCUUAGGAAUAUCACGCAAGAUUCAAAAGUCUAAAACACCCUGCUGUGUUUCUUGUUCAGCCUGCUACGAUGUUUGAAAAUGUUCUUCAGAGGGGAAGAGCAGUGUGGAACCAGAUAAAGUUAUCGCAACCUGUUUAUAAGCUGUUUGGAAAGCGGCUGCUGCAGGCUGGGAGAUACAUCAUGUCUCACAAGUCUUGGAUGAAAACGGUGCCCACAGAGAACUGUGAUGUCCUCAUGACAUUUGCAGACACUACAGAUGACCACACGUUGCUUUGGCUACUGAACCACAUCCGGCUGGGAAUCCCAGAGCUCAUCAUCCAAAUCCGACAUCAUAAGCACACACGAGUCUACGCAUUCUUUGUCACCGCUACAUUUGAAAAUUUGUUACGAGGUGCUGAGGAGAUGGGACUGAGGAAAGCAGUGAAGCCUGAGUUUGGAGGAGGAACACGAAGCUUCUCCUGCGAGGAAGACUACAUUUACGAGAACAUUGAAAGCGAGUUGUGCUUCUUCACCUCUCAGGAGAGACAGAGCAUCAUUAAAUACUGGCUGGACAAUCUACGUGCCAAAAAUGGGGAGGUGCUUCAUAAUAUCAACUUCCUGGAGGGCCAGCCUAUCAUCCAAGAACUGAGUGCAAGAGGUGUGAUCCAGCAGGUGUUUCCUCUCCAUGAGCAGAGGAUCCUCAGUCAGCUCAUGAAGUCUUGGGUCCAGGCUGUUUGUGAGAAACAGCCCUUAGAUGACAUCUGUGACUAUUUUGGGGUGAAGAUUGCUAUGUAUUUUGCCUGGCUGGGAUUUUACACCACUUCUAUGUUAUAUCCUGCUGUGAUCGGCUUUGUGCUGUGGAUGCUCACCGAGUCAGAUCAGACGAGCCGUGACAUUUGCUGUGUGGUGUUUGCACUGUUCAAUGUGGUGUGGGCCACGCUGUUUCUGGAACGGUGGAAGAGGAGGGGGGCUGAGCUGGCGUACAGGUGGGGAACACUGGACACACCUCCUGAAUCCCUGGAGGAACCACGGCCUCAGUUCUGGGGGGUCAAGCGCUGCAGUCCCAUAACAGGACGUGAGGAAUUCUACUACCCUCCAUGGCGGAGACGAGCAUUCAGGUGGCUGGUCAGCCUGCCGAUCUGCAUCCUCUGUCUCUGCUUUGUCUUCCUGAUCAUGCUUAUCUGCUUCGAGCUGCAGGAGUUUGUGAUGGGGAUCAAGGAAAUGCCUCGGCUUGUUCGCUUCAUCCCCAAAAUCAUGCUGGCUAUCACUGUGAGUGCAUGUGACGAGGUGUACAGGAAAAUUGCCUGCUGGCUCAACGACAUGGGUAACUAUAGACUUCAGAGUGCCUAUGAGAAAAAUCUCAUCAUCAAAAUGGUUCUUUUUCAGUUUGUAAAUUCUUAUCUCAGCCUUUUUUACAUUGGAUUCUACCUCAAAGACAUGGAGCGUCUCAAAGAGAUGCUGGCCACUCUGCUCAUCAUACGCCAGUUCCUUCAGAAUGUGAAGGAAGUGCUGCAGCCUUACCUGUAUGAGCGCCACAAGCUGGGUGAGCUUACUCUGCGAGCUGUGUGGGACCUGCUGCUCUCAGUGCUGCUAAAAUAUGCCCGGCUGGCAGCUGGAAAAGCCCAGGCUUCUCCCACCGAGCAGACCGUGCCAGAACCCGGACUGAGGGGCGCCAAGCCUGGGGUGGGGCAGCCAGAAAAAAGGGAAAAGAAAUGUUUGAACGGGGGAUGUGGGGUUGCUGAUGAAGAGGAGGGGGGUGAGAGGGACGAGGCCGACAGUGGGAGGUUCAGUGAAGGAGAGUCAGAGGAGGAAAGUCUGAUCGACUGUGGUUUGAAGCUGAGGAAAGUCAGCUUCAUAGAGAAGGUGGACAGAAGACCAAUUUGCAGUGGGGCAGCCAUGGACAACAGUUUCCUGGAAGAGGGGAGCCCCACGAUGGUGGAAAAAGGAAUGGACCCUGCCUCUGUCUUUGAAAUGUGUGACGACGAUGACGAUAACGAUAACGAUAACGAUAACGGCAUUCAUGAUGUGAAGGAAUCUGGUGGGGGAGGGACAGGUGCUACUGAGGGAAUUGGUGCUGCUGUAGCUGGUGCUGCUCCGCUGCCUGCUGGGUCUGAGAGCGACACAACAAUGCGACAUAGAAGAAGAGGCAGGAGCACAGAGAGACCUGAGUCAAAAAUAAAGAGGGACUCAUGGAUGGACCCACCUGAAGAGAGAGAGAGCACCACACUCACUCAGGCUGAGAUGGAGAGCUGCAUGCAGACAUAUGCUGACACUUUCCAGGACUACCAAGAGAUGUUUGUCCAGUUUGGCUACGUGGUGCUCUUCUCCUCAGCCUUCCCUCUGGCUGCCAUGUGCGCUCUCAUCAACAACAUCAUUGAGAUCCGCAGUGAUGCCUUUAAGCUCUGCACCGGUCUGCAGAGGCCCUUUGGAGUCAGAGUGGAGAGCAUCGGCCAGUGGCAGACUGCGAUGGAAAUCAUGGGUCUGAUUGCCAUCAUAGUGAAUUGUUACCUGAUUGGACAGUGUGGUCAGCUACAACGUCUCUUCCCAUGGCUCAGCCCUGAGAUGGCCAUCAUCUCUAUCGUCAUCCUUGAGCACUUUGCCGUUCUCCUGAAGUACAUCAUCCAUGUGGCCAUUCCUGACAUUCCUACAUGGGUCCGAGAGGAGAUGGCUAAACUGGAUUAUCAGCGCAGGGAGGCCUUUAAGAAGCACGAGCGGCAGGCACAGCAGCAUUACCAGCAGCUGCAGAGGAGGAAGAAGGAGGAGGAGGAGCGGCAGAGGCAGGCAGAGCAUAUAGCGCGCAGGGAAAGGGAACGGGACGACAACAAGGGUGACGCCUCAGGGGAUCAUCACCAUGACAAAGGUCACAGCAGCAAGUCACGCCCUGGGGGUGGAGGAGGAGGGGGUACUGGAUCGGACAAACCCAAGAGGCCCAGCUCUCUGCUGGCUAACAAUAACGUGAUGAAGCUGAAGCAGAUCAUCCCUCUGCAGAGUAAGUUCUCGUCGGGUGGCGCCCGCUCCCCUCAGUCACCCACCGGCAGCGAGCCAAAGCUGCCUGGGUUCCUGAGCUUCAAAUUCCUCAAGUCACCUGAAAAUAAGAAAGAAGGUACUGCGGCUUCUGCGGGCGUCACCACAGUCACUAAUGCCACAGCAACAGCAACAUCAUCUUCAUCAUCAGGUAGCAGCUCUCAGGAGCGAUCUCAGUCACCCAGCAAAGCCUUCAACCCUGGGAAACUGUUCAACUUUGGGAAGUCUGAGGGGGUGACAUGUGUGAAUGGGGCUCCACUGCCCAGAUCUGGAGAAGGACCAUCAUCACAGGCAUCAGAAAGACAUCCAUCCAGGGCUGACCUGAACGGUGUUCCGGAUGAGAUCCCCUCGCCCAGAGGAGAAGAGUUCGAGAACGGGCAUUCAGCACACUUGGACCCAGCUGGCUCUAAAGUCUAGUAGCUCCAGAGAGAAUAAACCUGUCUUUGGUCACACCUCAACUGAAGAAGUGAAGUGUUUACUGUGGGCCAAGGCCUGACCUGCCCUCUGCGCUGUCACGGGCCAAGUGUAGAAGUACUUGAAGUAGUGAAAGGAAAGAUGAAACUGAUGGAAGAUGACUGUUGUUUUGGUUUGCUGUUUUUGCUGAGAGACAAAAAAAACAAAAGACAUAAGCCCUCAUAUCAUCACCCAGUAAAAACACACACACAUGUUCCCUUACACACACAAACAAUACAAAUCCUUCCUUCUCUGCAAUACAUGAAGAAAUGCAUGAGCUGCGUUUCUAAUAUUUUUAAGCCUUUAAAGUAAAGAGCUGUGUUUCUUGAUUUCUUCAAGUCAAAUAUUGUAUUUGGGAGACACACACUAGGACACAGUGGAGUGGAGGACAGACGACAAAACAAUUUUCAAUAUACAGUAGUAUGGCAGGAUUACAGAUUGUACAUCAAACUACUACUGAGAGUGUUUUUUAGCUAUCACAACACAAGUGAUCAUUAGAUACGUGUCAUUUUUAACUGAGGAAUUCUUGGACCCUUUUAUAUGGAAGUGGGAAAAAUGGAAAAGCAAUAUCAGUUAGCUUCAGUUAUUCUUAUCAUAAAAACCCUCCCUUAAUAAGCAACCAUGAUGCAUCACCAGCUUUAUUUUCAAAGCAGAGGUGAUAUUUAAGCUCUGUACACUCCACCCCACCCUAUGGCAGAAUCAGGUUUGUUUGAAAACAAAGUAAAGAGCUUAGUAAGUCAAGCUGUCGUAUACCAGUAUUUUCCCCAAGAGACUGUAAGUGGAUGAGAGACUAGGAAAAAGAAAAAAAAAAGCAGAUGUAAACAAAGGUGAUUUUCAGAAAAUGGAGCAUAGAUGCCUGUUGAGCGCUGCUCUCUAUCCCAGCCAGCAGAGCUUCUUGUAAACACAGAUGGUGCUCCGGUCCACACCAGACUUGGCAAACAAGUGCAGAGUUAAAGAAGUAACAUUUGCACUAAACACCGAUGCCCUGCAUAGAAAGCUCCCUGCAGGAGAGAGGGCUGACACCAGCCUGAAUCAUAACAUUAUGCAAAAGCUGGAUUGUUUGAUUUCCUCCUCUCACACAGUACAUGCCGUGGCACUCCUCUCUGCUCCCAGCAUCUAUGGGGUUUUCCUAAAUAUUCAAAUACUUUUUUUAACAAUAGCUUUUUAAGUUAAGCUCCAUGCCUUUUUUUAUAUGCGCCAUUUCCUGAUAAUUUGUUUUUUAACCAAAGUGGUAUUUUUAGAUUGUAUUGUUAAUCCAAGGUGCAUUGUCUGUAUAUUUUGUUAACCCUGUACUUUUACCAUUAAUGGUAAAAAAA